AUGAUCUGCCAUCUGCAAGCUGAAGCACAGGAAGGCCAGUGGCAUAGUUCCAAUGCAAAAUUUGAAAGCCUGAGAACCAGGGAAGCCAAUGGUUUAAGUCAUAGUCCAGUCCAAAAGCCCAAGAACCAGGAGCGAACAUGUGAAGAACCUGAAGAAGGAAGGGCCAGUAUUUACAAGUCAGUGAUCAUCAACACUUCUAAGGAGAUGAUGUGCUUCAGUGACUAUCCCAUCCCAGAUCACUAUCCUAACUUCAUGCACAACUCCCAGGUCCUGGAGUAUUUCAGGAUGUAUGCCAAUGAAUUUGACCUUCUAAAGUACAUUCGAUUUAAGACCACCGUGUGCAGUGUGAAGAAGCAGCCUGAUUUCUCCACUUCAGGCCAAUGGGAGGUGGUCACGGAAUCUGAAGGGGGAAAGGAGGUGAAUGUCUUUGAUGGAGUUAUGGUUUGCACUGGCCAUCACACCAAUGCUCACUUACCCUUGGAAAGCUUCCCUGGAAUUGAGAAGUUCAAAGGACAAUACUUUCAUAGUUAAGAUCAUAAUAAUCCAGAGAGUUUCACUGGAAAGAGAGUCAUUAUAAUUGGCAUUGGGAAUUCUGGGAGCGAUCUGGCUGUGGAAAUUAGCCACACAGCCAAGCAGGUUUUCCUCAGCACCAGAAGAGGAGCUUGGAUCUUGAAUCGUAUAGGAGACUAUGGAUAUCCUUUCGAUGUGUUAUUCUCUUCUCGAUUUCAAUAUUUUAUGAAGAAGAUUUGUGGUCAAUCAUUAGCAAAUAUAUUUUUGGGAAAAAAGAUGAACCAAAGGUUUGAUCAUGAAAUAUUUGGCCUGAAGCCUAAACACAGAGCUCUGAGUCAGCAACCAACCAUAAAUGAUGAUCUGCCAAACUGUAUAAUUUCUGGCUUGGUGAAGGUGAAAACAAAUGUGAAGGAAUUCACAGAGACAGUGGCCAUAUUUGAGGAUGGCUCCAGGGAGGAUGACAUUGAUGCUGUUAUCUUUGCUACAGGCUAUAGCUUUGCCUUUCCGUUUGUUUGUUUACCUGCCUUUCCUUUUCCUGAAGAUUCUGUCAGAGUAGUCAAAAACAAGAUAUCCCUGUAUAAAAAGGUCUUCCCUCCUAACCUAGAAAAGCCAACUCUUGCAAUCAUAGGCUUGAUCCAGCCCUUGGGUGCCAUUAUGCCCAUUUCAGAGCUCCACAGACACUGGGUCACUCAAGUAUUUAAAGGGGUAAAGACAUUGCCCUCACAAAAUGAAAUGAUAAAAGAAAUAGCUGGAGCGAGGGGGAAUAUGGCGGAAGAGUAA